CCAAGGUGUCCCAGCCCCGAGUCGGGACCCCCGGGGUUCCCUCCCAGCCGUCCCGCAGGACGAUCCCCCAGGAGGAUCCCAACAGAUCCCAAUCCCCGCGGGGAUUCGCAGUCACCCCCGGGAUCCCAGAUCCCUCCGGAUCCCCCAGGGAACCGCAGCAUCCCGCAGAGCGGAUCCCGGAUCCGUCGUGGACUUCUGGGAGAGUCAAAAUCCCCCUGGGAACCCCUGAGUGGAUCCCAGUUUUCUUGGGCAUCCCUGGAGAGAGGGGCUGGGGCAGACCCCAGACCCCUCAGGGAUCCCCAGGUGCUCCCAGAGCAGAUCCCAAAUCCCCUGGGAACCACUGGGUGCCCCAGCACAGAGCCAGGAUCCCCCUGGGACCCUCAGCAGCCGCCCCAAAAGGAACCCCAGUCCCUGGGAGAUCCUUGGGAAGUCUCCAGGAGCAGAUCCCGGAUCCCUCAGGGACCGACAAUCCCCUCCAGAGCCAGGAUCCGUGCUGGGAUCAUCCCGCUGGAUUCACUCGGGGCAGCAGCUCCCGCCCCCCGGGGGGGUCCCGCGGUGUCCCCCCCGCGGUGUCCCCAUCCCUCGGGGACACGGUCACGGUGACCCGGCGGGGACGGCGGCGGCAGGAGCCGCGAUCCCACCGGGAGCCGCGAUCCCACCGGGAGCCGCGAUGCCUCCGUUCCCGGUGCCCGACCCUCGUGUCUCGGAGCCACCGGACCUCGAGGCCACCGAGCCCUGCCACGGCCGGCCCGGGGCGGUGACGGCCACCCAGGGCCACCCAGAGCCACCUGGGGCCACCCAGAGCCACCUGCCCAGCGCUGGCACCGCUCCCUGUCAUGAAUAUUCAGCCGCGCCUGGCCCGGCCCCGCCGUUUGCUCCGGCAGGAGGGGUUUGGGAGCGGGUUCACCUUGACGGGAACACCGGGACAGCGACAGGUGAGCGACACCUGCCCGCGCUGCCCCGCCGGGACACCCCGGGACACCCCCGGGACACCUCGGGACACCCCUGGGACAACCCGGGACACCUCGGAACACCCCUGGGACACCCCGGGACACCUCCGAGACACAACCGGGACAUCCCGGAACACCCCCGAGACCCCCGGGACACCCCCGGGACACCUCGGGACCCCCGGACGCGGCAGAAGGAGGAUGGCCGACGGGCACGGCUGGUGGAAGCUGACGUUCCUGCGGAAGCGCCAGGCGGCGGCCCCGGUGCUCUACGAGAGCCCCGAGGGUCCCGGGGCACCGGGCGGGGACAGCGCGGAGGGGACGGAGCCCGAGGGACCCCCCGGCUUCACCGCCCGCCUGGAGAAGAUCGUGGACAAGAGCACCAAGGGCAAACACGUCAAGGUCUCGCACUCCGGGCGCUUCAAGGAGAAGAAGAAAGUGAGGGCGACGCUGGCCGAGCACCCCAACCUGUGCGGGGCCGGCGAGCGGGAGGAGAAGUGACCCCGGCGGAUGCUCCCGGUCCGCGGGGCUGCGGGAGCAGGGAGGACUCGGGAUGGGGUUGAGCCGUGGGAUGAUCCGGGAGCCCGCGGGAUUGACCCCAGCGCUGACUGGUUCGUACUGGGAUGAGGACUCAGCCCUGGCGGCCCGCCUGGCUCUGCCCCAAUCCCGUUCCCAAAUCCCAUUCCCAAACCCCCUCCUCACUUUCUGGGACCGAGCCCCGCUCGUGUCGCGGUCCCGAGGGCCUGCAGGGGACACUUCCCUGUCCCGAGGGAACGAAUGACCUGACCCUGCCGGACAAAACCCCCGAGGGAAGCUCGGAGCGCUCCCAGGAGGAGCCGCAUUCCCAAAGGGAAUCGCUCCCUGCUGCUGGAAGCGGGGAGCCCAGCCCGGGGCUCGGCAUGCUGCUGCUGCUAAUGAACUGUUAGUUAAUUAUCUCGGUUAAUAAACCGAGCCUGGGAGCUCAGCGGAUCCCUGGA